UGCCGCCCGCCUCGCAGUAUCCAAUGAGCGCGAUGCGUUUCGGCGGGAAGGGGGGCGAGGCCGGAAGCGGCACUUGGCUUCCGGCGGGGCGGCUGCCAUGUCGGAGGGGCGGCCGCUGCGGCUGCUGGGCCUGCACGGUUACCGGCAGAGCGAACGCCGCUUUCGCCAGCGCACAGGCGCUCUGCGCAAGGCCUUGCGUGGCCGCGCGGAGCUGGUGGCGGUCAGCGCGCCGCACCCCGUGCCCGGCGGCGGAGAGGACGACGACGCGGAUGACCCCCCCCGCGGCUGGUGGUUCUCUGGGCCCGGCACCUUUGAGGCAGGGGAGGUGGCGGCGGCACCAGCGGGGCUGGAAGAGUCGCUGUCUGCCGUGGCAGCCGCGCUGCAGGAGCACGGACCCUUUGACGGACUGCUGGGCUUCAGCCAGGGCGCGGCGCUGGCCGCCAUGGUGUGCGCCCUGCGGGCCCGUGGCGACCCUCGCUUCCCCGUGACUUUCGCCAUCCUGGUAGCCGGCUUUGCCAGCCGCGCCCCAGCCCACGGCCACUUCUACCAGGAGCCCAUCGCCCUGCCCACGCUGCACGUCGUGGGCGAUGCUGAUGCUGUCAUCGCUGCCUCCUUGAGCAGGGAGCUUGCCCAGCAUUUCGUGGAACCUGUUGUCCUCACCCACCCCGGUGGGCACUUCGUCCCUGCUGCUGCACCACAGAAAAAAGCAUACCUGGACUUCCUGGACCGGUUCCGACCUGGACAGGGAUAGGCUGAGCCACUCAGGGCUGGGACAGAUUGGUAACAGUCUCUUUAAUAAACGGGGCUCCAGCAAGCUGUGUACAGACUGCCAGUUUGGUGAAACAUUGCUGUGUUUCCAUGCUCUCCAGAAGGGCCCAGAAGUCCUCAUCAGCACCGUGCAGCACAGGGCCACGCUAAAUGGCUCUUUGUUAACAUUUUUUACUCUUCUUUCUUUCCAAUUUGGCUCCAUGCAUGAAUAUGCUGCUAUGCUGGUGAGGGGUUUGAGGACAGGAGGGCCCUCUGUGAAGUGCUUGCAGAGGCUUGACUAGCUGUUCAAAAUUAGAGUCCCUCAGCUCAGCCAAAGGAAACUUCUGCAGAGCACACAGCUCCUGUGCAGCUGUGGGCACCCCAAAGGUUUGUGGGUUUUAAUAUCCCUGAUGAAAGCUGUUAAGCCAACCUUCCAGCUGGUCUGGGCUAGAAAAUCCUCUUGUCCCUGGCAGUGCCAGGGCUGCUGUUCAUUUUUUUGGAACCAAAUGUCUGCUGAUUCAGCAUGUGUGUUGGGAGACUUUAGUAUCUUCCUCGGUACAAACUGCCUUUGUGAACAAGAAAAACUUGUUGCUAUGUUUUUGGCUCUGCUGUUUUCCAGAAGCACGUGGUAAUCUAUUGUUAUAAUUGCCAGGUGUCUUGCCUGACUGCUGCUGGAGCAGGCUGGGCUUAGAGGUAUCAUGCUGGCAGGGCUGCUCUGUACUCUUGACUUUCCUUGUGGGUACAGUGCAAUGUAGCUGAUAGAUGGCAUGAAAUGUCUCAGUUUGCCCCCUGCUCUCACCAUGCUGGGAGCAGCAGAGGGCUGGAGGACACUGUGCUGCAGGAGCAGGCCUGGAGGCAGCAGACAGAUGCACUUUCUGUAUUCAAGUCAGCUGGGAACAGGCCUGGGAGCUGUGGAGGGUUAAAACCAACCCAGCAGAAGUGAGUGGUCCCCAGUCUGUGAGGGUUUUGCUCUCUGGUUUCUUGUUGGGGGUGUGGUGUGGUGGGAAGAUGUGUCUGGUUUUCCUGCAGCCCUGGGGGUUGUCACAGGAGGCUGUUGAUGCUUGGACAGUGCCUGCCUGCUUUGCCACCUCACAGGGCAGCACUGGGUGGGCUCUGUUACAUCUGUGCUGCCUGCUCAGGUGAUGUGGAAGUGUGGAGUGUCUUGUCACCCCGUGGACACCACGUUAAGGAUAUCAGAGGC